AUGUCGGAAGCUGUUAGAGCUGCAGAAGGGCCGGGCCGCUUCUCAGAUCAGCGUGAGCAGGUCCCUGUUCCUGUUUAUCACCCAACUCCUAGCCAGACUCGGCUAGCAACGCAGCUGACAGAAGAGGAACAAAUCAGAAUAGCGCAGAGGAUAGGCCUUAUUCAGCAUCUACCUAAAGGAGUCUAUGAUCCUGGAAGAGAUGGCUCCGAGAAGAAGAUCCGAGAAUGUGUCAUUUGUAUGAUGGACUUUGUUUAUGGGGACCCUAUCCGAUUUCUGCCGUGCAUGCACAUUUACCACCUGGACUGUAUAGAUGACUGGUUGAUGAGAUCCUUUACCUGUCCAUCCUGCAUGGAGCCAGUGGAUGCAGCACUGCUUUCAUCAUACGAGACUAACUGAGCCAGGGUUUCUCCACUGAACCGUCAAGGAGACCAUCCACUUUAAUGGGUUUGAUCCUUUUGUCAUUCAGCCCAAAGAGCCAGGAAUUAGGAAUUAAGAUCAUGCACAAAGUAUACGUUUCCUAAUAAAUAAAAAAAAUAUUCCUGAAUGGCUGCAAAUAUUGAAAAAAAAUAGUAUUUUAGAGACUAUAGAAAAGUAGGUUGUUAUUUUUAAUGUAAAGCCUUGACCCACCAUUGUCUUUUAAUGUUUGUUCUUACACCCCUAUAUAGGAAUUGUGUAAAGUGUUACAGCAACUGUAAAUGUUUAAACUGCGUGUAUCCAAUUUUAUUAGCAGCAAGGUAAGAGUAUUUUUUUCCUAAAUAAAGUAACCAGUUUUGUUCUGAUUCUUUUCACAAGUCCUGGCAUUUGGGUCAAGGCUUUAUUGAAAUCUACAUUUUAUAACACUGGCACAAAGAAAUAGUUUUAAGCUUGUUUGCACAGUUCUUUUUCUUUUCCCUUUUUUUUUCUUUUUCCAUUGGAGAUGGAAUUCAUUGCCUUAGGUCUUUUUAAUAGUGUAUUGUUAUUGUUGGGCUGGCUCUAUGCUUGAAAACCAGUUUAUUUAUAACCUGUUAAAAGUGCUAUAUUUUGUUUGCAGUUAGGAAUAUGCAGACUUCAAAGUGAUCUCCUAGCUUGUAAGCAAACCGAGAUGCAUUAUCCCUUUUCUACAAGUGAUGCGGAAUAUGAAGAUACGAAACAAGUCCUACAGUGAAUUUAUGGUUUUGUGGGGUUUAUAAGUUGCUUCGGUUUUGAUGAAACAACAGUCCUUAAACUUCGUCACCUUUAACUUGAUCAGGUUAAAAGUGGGCUAGAUGGACAAUAGUUAAGUUACCAUGACUGAAAAAACACAACAUACUUGGAACUAAUGUAGCGUUAGUGUUGAUCACUUAUUCUGCUCUUUUCUCCCUAAAAAUGGUUGUCUCUGAUCAUAGCAAAUGGAUACUGCAUCUCUCGUUCUUGUAGUUCUUAGGUUAUCUGAAGUUAAGAAUAAACAUACUGUAUCUCAAU